AUUGUGUGGCCACCAAGCUGUAAUGUCACCCCAUCUUUCGUCAUUUAAUGGACAAGAAAACUGCAAGAUUUUACCAAUGAAUAUAGACCAUUGAAUUGAAGAAGAUGAUGAUAAAGUGGUAAAAUAGUCUGAGUCAGUCAUGACUUUGUAGUUUCUAUAUAUAUCUUUGAAUGAAGCAAUAGAGCUGUGUUGUUAAAAACUAAAACUAAAACUAAAGAGAAAGAGAGGAGAGAUAGCAGAUAUGGCUGCCUCCAUAAUCUCAUCUGCUGUAGUUGCUCCGGCUCAGGCAAGCAUGGUUGCUCCGUUCACAGGCCUCAAGUCCACAUCGGCUUUCCCGGUAACCCGGAAGCUUGACACUGAUAUCACCUCUUUGGCCAGCAAUGGUGGAAGAGUUCAGUGCAUGAAGGUGUGGCCUCCACUUGGAUUGAAGAAGUUCGAGACCUUGUCUUACCUUCCUCCACUCACUCAAGCACAAUUGGGAAAAGAAGUUGAUUACCUCAUUCGCCUGGGAUGGAUUCCUUGCUUAGAAUUCUCUGUUCAGGGAGGAUUUGUGUACCGUGAACACAAUAAAUCGCCAGGGUACUACGAUGGGCGAUACUGGACAAUGUGGAAGCUACCCAUGUUUGGAUGCACAGAUUCAUCCCAAGUGUUGAAGGAGGUUGAGGAGUGCAAGAAGGAAUACCCACAAUCAUUCAUCCGUAUCAUUGGAUUCGACAACAAGCGCCAAGUGCAGUGCAUCAGUUUCAUCUGCUACAAGCCUCCUGGCUUCUAAAUUUACAUAAUCACUUACUUUCCCUCUUGUUUUCUCGUUAGAUCGAUGGCUGUGUUUUUCUGUCAAAGACUUUGCAAUUGUCGCUUUUCAUUUUCACUUUGUGUUUGGUUAUAUUGAAUCUGAAUGCUAUGAAUAAGAACUUAAAUCGAUGUUGAUGUUUUAUUGGUGA